AUGGCGACAAAUAUGCAAGCAUAUCUUGCUGCAAAAUAUAUGUCUGGCCCGAAAGCUGAUGCUAUACUCGCGCGGACUGACGCACCCAAGAAGAAGAAACGGAGGCUGGGUUCAACCUCCAAGUCCUCUUCUGCCGGUCCUUCCAUAAUCAAAGACGACGACAUCCUCGGAUGGGACAAUGGCAGGCAAGACGCCGACGAAGACGAUGUGGCUGAAGCUGUAGUUGCCUCAGAUCGUCGCUUUAAGAAGCGGCAGCGCACUGACACGGACUCGGGCUGGGCCACCGUGCGCGAGGGCGAGAAAGGAGGAGAGAGUCCUCCAGCGGCUGACGAGCAGCCGCAAAUCGUACAAGAGGAGGAGACAUUCAAGGGCGGUCUGCUCACGACCGCGCAGCUCAGGAAAUCGCUGCCCAAGCGCGCCCCGGCCACUGCGACGGAGGAGGAGCGCGCCGCAGCACAGGAGACGGUGUACCGUGAUGCUUCUGGACAGCGUGUUGACAUGGCUGCAGAGCGUGCUGAGGCGGCGCGGAAAAAGCGAGAGCGAGAGGAGCGGGAAGCUCGUAAGAUGGAAUGGGGAAAGGGUGUCGUACAGCGGGAAGAGGCGGAGAAGCGAAAGAAUGAGGAGGCUACGAUGCGAGAUCACACGUUUGCGAGGAGCCGUGACGAUGUAGAACUCAAUGAAGACCUCAAAGCACAAGAUCGGUGGAACGAUCCUGCAGCAGCCUUCCUGACAAAGAACAGAUCGAAAGGUCCAAGAAAACCGGAGUACACAGGUCCGCCACCACCUCCAAAUCGGUUUGGAAUCAGACCUGGCUACAGAUGGGAUGGUGUGGAUCGUGGCAAUGGUUUUGAGCAAAAGCUCUUCCAGCGGCAGAACGAGAAGCGCCGACACGGGCAGGAGAGUUAUCAGUGGAGCGUGGAUGAUAUGUGA